CUGCUCUCCGCGGUUGUGCCGCCUCUCUUUCUCUCUCUGAUCUUGAUCCUAUUUCUGUAUUCCUCGCAAGAGACACUUAAUGCCAUUUUCCUUUUUGAGACCUACGCUUUCUGUCUCUGCCUUGACAUCACGGCUUUGCGUACACGAUAUACCCGACGCGCUGAGUUACACAACGAACACCACUCGCUGAGAUUGAGAUACCCUCGUCGACUAUAGACACAAAUACACACACACAAACACACACAAACAUCAUGGCACCCAGUGCUGUCUCCGAGCCCGUGCCGCAAGAGGGCAUCGUGGCCGCCAAAGGCGUCAUCAACGGCUCCAACAACAGCAACACGGCGGCGGCCGGCCAGUUCACCCUCACAGACGCCGAGAAGAAGCAGGUCGACCUCGUCCUCCGCACGUUCCGCUGCCUCAUCGCCGACCUGUGCGAGCAGUACAAGGGCGGCCACCCGGGCGGCGCCAUGGGCAUGGCGGCCAUCGGCACGUCGCUCUGGAAGUACGCCAUGCGGUACUCGCCCCGGAACCCCAACUACUUCAACCGGGACCGCUUCGUGCUGUCCAACGGCCACACGUGCCUGUUCCAGUACGCCUUCCUGCACCUGACGGGCUACCGGAACAUGACCAUGGACCAGCUCAAGUCGUACCACUCGAGCCGCACCGACUCCAUCUGCCCCGGCCACCCGGAGAUCGAGCACGAGGGCAUCGAGGUGACGACGGGCCCGCUGGGCCAGGGCAUCGCCAACGCCGUCGGCCUCGCCGUCGCCACGAAACACCUCGCCGCCACCUACAACCGGCCCGGCUUCCCCGUCGUCGACAACACGACGUGGUGCAUGAUCGGGGACGCCUGCCUGCAGGAGGGCGUGGCCAUGGAGGCCAUCCAGCUCGCCGGCCACUGGCGCCUCGGCAACCUCGUCGUCAUGUACGACAACAACCAGAUCACCUGCGACGGCAGCGUCGACCUCUGCAACACGGAGGACGUCAACGCCAAGAUGCGGGCCUGCGGCUGGCACGUCGUCGACAUCGAGGACGGCAACUGGGACGUCGAGGCCAUCGUGCGCGCCAUGGACCAGGCCCGCGCCGUCCGGGACCGGCCGACCUUCAUCAACAUCCACACCGUCAUCGGCAUCGGCAGCGCCGUCGCCGGCGACGCAAAGGCCCAUGGCGCCGCUUACGGCGCCGCCGACGUCGCCAACAUCAAGAAGACCUUCGGCAUGGACCCGGAGCAGCACUUCGUCGUCGGCGACGAGGUCUACGACUACUUCCGCGGCGCCGUCUCGCGCGGCGAGCAGACGGAGGCCGAGUGGAACGCGCUGGUCGCCGCCUACGCCCGCGAGCACCCGGAGCUGGCGGCCGAGUUCAGGAAGCGCGUCUCCGGGGACUGGGUCGACGACUGGCGCAAGUUCAUCCCGGCCAAGGAGGACUUCCCGACGACUCCCACGCCGUCUCGCAAGUCGGCCGGUCUGGUCUGCAACCCCAUCGCGGCCGGCCUGAACAACCUGAUGGUCGGCACGGCGGACCUGUCGCCUUCGGUCAACAUGAUCUGGAAGGGCAAGGUUGACUUUCAGAAUCCCGACCUGAGAACAAGCUGCGGUAUCAACGGCGACUACUCCGGCCGGUACAUCCACUACGGCAUCCGCGAGCAUGCCAUGGCCGCCAUCUCCAACGGCCUGGCUGCCUUCAACAAGGGGACCAUUCUGCCCGUCACCUCGAGCUUCUUCAUGUUCUACAUCUACGCCGCCCCCGGAGUCCGCAUGGGAGCCCUCCAGCGCCUCCAGCAGAUCCACAUCGCGACGCACGACUCCAUCGGCACCGGCGAGGACGGCCCUACCCACCAGCCCAUCGCGCUGCCCGCCCUCUACCGCGCCAUGCCGAACCUGCUCUACGUCCGGCCCUGCGACAGCGAGGAGACGGCCGGCGCCUUCGUGCUGGCCAUGGAGGCCCGCGACAUGCCGACCAUCAUCUCGCUCUCGCGCCAGGCCCUGGAGCAGUACCCGCAGCACACGUCGCGCGAGGGCGUGCUCCGCGGCGCCUACGUCUUCCGCGAGGAGGAGGAGGAGGAAGCCGACGUCACGCUCAUCGGCGUCGGCGCCGAGAUGGUCUUCGCCGUCCGGACGGCCGCCCUCCUCAAGGAGAAGCACGGCAUCCGCGCGCGCAUCGUCAGCUUCCCGUGCCAGCGCGUCUUCGAGCGGCAGCCGGUCGAGUACAAGCGCGAGGUGCUGCGGUACCGGUCGCGGGCGCCGCGCGUCGUCAUCGAGGCCUACGCCGUCAACGGGUGGGAGCGCUACGCCGACGCGGGCUUCUCCAUGGCCUCCUUCGGCCACUCGCUGCCCGGCCCGGACGCGUACAAGUACUUUGGUUUCGACGAGGAGGUCAUCGCGCCCGCCGUCGCCGCGCUGGUCGACGACGUCAGGGCCAACGGCGUCGAGAGCCUGAGGGGCGAGUUCCGCGACCUCAACCCUGUCAACCACCACCACUGAAGGGGUUAGUUGGUUGGUUGGUUGGGUGGCGGUCGGUUAUGCGAGUCCGAGGAGGAGGGGAAGAAGAGAUCAAGGGGGGACGGGGGACGGGGGACGGGGGGACUGGAGGAUGAUGUUCUUCUCCCCCCCCCCAAGAGGCGCGCCGGCGUUUCCAGGGCAUAAAUCUAGUUUUGAUUUUGGUUGGUUUUCAUCCUGGGCAUUUUCAGGGAAGAUGGACGGAGUAGACACGGUUGACCCUUGAAUUCCAAUAAUAGUCAAAAAGUCAAAUGAUUAGAAUCCGUCGUAGCUUACUAGAAUAGCUCAACAGAGUACUUUGGUUGCC